AUUUGUUUAUUCAUAUACGGAUGUCCUCGGAGGAGAAGAGCAUCUGAAUCGCUACACAAGUAAAGAAUAAAGCAAAGAUGAUUAUGAUUUGAAACACAACAACAAUUUCUUCUUUUGGCUCUCUUUCAAUACUUUAUUUUUUGUAUUCUGUUGUUUCGAAAACUGAAGAAAAAAAUGGGCCAAAAGAUUCACGCUUUUAUGUUCCCGUGGUUUGCUUUUGGUCAUAUGACUCCGUACUUGCAUCUAGCAAACAAGUUAGCUGAGAAAGGUCAUAGGGUUACUUUCUUGCUACCUAAGAAAGCUCAAAAACAAUUGGAAGAUCAGAAUCUGUUUCCACAUGGUAUCGUCUUUCAUCCUCUUACUAUUCCUCAUGUUGAUGGCCUCCCUUCUGGUGCCGAGACAGCCUCGGAUAUCCCCAUCUCGUUGGUGAAGUUCUUGUCUAUAGCCAUGGAUCUUACACGGGAUCAGGUCGAAGCCGCGAUUCUUUCCUUGAGACCGGACCUGAUCUUGUUCGAUUUAGCUCAUUGGGUUCCGGAAAUGGCUAAAGCUCAUAAAGUCAAGAGUAUGUUGUACAACGUGGUGUCAGCUACUUCCAUAGCUCACGACCUUGUCCCAGGUGGUGAACUAGGAGUUCCUCCACCCGGUUAUCCUUCAUCGAAGGCGUUGUACCGCAAACACGAUGCUCACGCGUUGCUGACCUUCUCCGGCUUCUACAAGAGGUUUUAUCAUCGGCUCACCACAGGUCUUAUGAAUAGCGAUUUCAUUUCAAUUAGGAAAUGCGAAGAAAUAGAAGGUAAAUUCUGUGACUAUAUUGAGCGUCAAUACCAGAAGAAGGUUCUCUUAACCGGUCCAAUGCUUCCUGAGCCAGACAAAAGUAAACCACUUGAAGAUCGAUGGAGUCAUUGGCUGAACGGGUUCGGACAAGGCUCCGCAGUGUUCUGUGCAUUGGGAAGUCAAAUCACUCUAGAGAAAGACCAAUUCCAAGAACUUUGUUUAGGAAUUGAGCUUACAUGUUUACCGUUUUUUUUAGCGGUAACGCCACCAAAAGGGGCCAAGACUACUCAAGAAGGGUUCAAGGAGAGGGUGAAGGAUCGUGGAGUCGUUUGGGGAGAAUGGGUGCAACAACCAUUAAUAUUGGCUCAUCCAUCAGUAGGCUUUCUCAACACAAGAUUGAUGACUGAGGAACUCGAGGAUUCCGUUGAAGUGGAAAGAGUAGAAACAGGAUGGUUCUCGAAGGAGAGCUUGAGUGUUGCGAUCACAUCUGUGAUGGACCAAGAUAGCGAGAUCUGAAGAGGAACCAUUCCAAAUUGAAGGAGGUUUUGGUUAGUGAUGGAUUAUUAACCGGUUACACCAAUAAGUUUGUUGACACAUUGGAGAAUCUAGUCAACGAUACAAAUCUUGAAUGAAAUACUACACUUAUA